AUUAGUGUCACCGCUUUGAAAUUCCUACCAAGCGUCAACCAAAAUGGCGGACGAAGACAAGGCGAAGAAAUCAGCGACACACAGGGUUAAAUCCCUGGUGUCGUUGUUCGGGCUGAUAUUCACAGUCAUCACGUUUGUCUGUUUCAUGAUCGGCUUCUCCAGCCCAAACUGGAUCGAGCAUUUUAACAAGUACACCGAACGCCAGUUUGUCAAGAUGGGACUGUGGGAAGUAUGUUUCAAGCAGUGGAGCUAUUACAAGGACUAUCUCGGCAAGAAGUACAACGGUUGCUGGUGGAUAUUCUCGUUUGAAUAUCGCCCAGUGUGGUCCUGGUUGAACCCACCAUGGCUCCUUGUCAUCCAAGUGCUGAUGGUACUCACGCUGAUAAUAAUGAUGGUGUGUCUUGUCUUCGUCAUCAUGUACUUCGUCAAGUGCUGCCCGGCAAACAAGGAGAAACGAUACGUCAUGUUCAGCUACAUCCUCAACUUCACAGCAGGUGCGUUUAUCGGCGUCAGUGUCAUUACGUUCGGUAUCAAGGCUGAUACUGACCGCCAAUGGCUGCCUCACCCCGAUUCAAACUUCCUCUCCUGGUCGUUUGGUUUUGCCGUCCUAUCUGCGUUUUUCGCCCUCUUUGGUGGAAUGUGUCUGCUGGUCGAGUGGAUGAGACUGAACCAGGAAGACAACAACAGGGCCCGAAGACAGAACAUGUCUCUCACGUCCAAGCCUGCUACAAGAUACUAAAGAAGCAGACGACACAACUGCAGGAGCAGACGACAUGAACUGAAGGAGCAGACGUUGACAAUAAGAACUGUGGAAGCAGAUAUAUGUGACAAUACCUUCCCGCCACCUCAUUGUGGUCUGUCGUUUAGAGUGUAACAAAUAAGCUAAUCAACACUCGGGCACCAGAUUACAGAUUUCUGUCACCUUGAGAAAUCAGUGAAAUCAUCCAGGACUUAAAUGCUCAUGGAAAUGAAAUAAUUAAUCGUUUUCUAUAUUUUGAUGGUUAUUCGUGAUCUAAUCAUGAUCUUAUAUCAGGGCCUUUGAAAUCAUAUCACCUAUAGAGGCAGCUCUUUCAACAAAACACAGGUUGGUAAAUAUGUAGGUUCGAAUAUAUAUUUUUGGGUUUUGCAGAUUUUACAUUAUUGUGCUUGAUGUAGUCCUUGAUGGGCACUUACUGAACUGGCUAUUUUAUGCAAUGUCAUUUGCUAAUCAUGUAUUACAGUGUCUGCUUCUAUAGAAACAACUGAAGCUCAGGAUAUAUAAUUACGCGCUGAUGCGCGAGAUACAUUUCGCUUUGGUUAGUCAAAGUAUUUUCAGUUCCAAUAGUAUUGUAUGAACAAAGGGAAGCAACUCUUGCCAGGGACCUUUCCGCUGUAGUUAUGUACGUUAAGCUCCAAAACACCUGCCAAGGUAGCAGUCAUUGACAAACUGUGUGAAUGCUGCAGGCUAUGUUUAUAAGAAAAAUAAUAAGUACAGUAAUAUCAAUGACAAUUAUAAGGCUCUGAGAACAUUACUUAGGAGGAAAUCUCAAUGAUUUUUCAUUAACAUAGUAUGGCUAUAACGCUUUUCCAUAUAUAUGUGGAUCGUUUUGUACAUUUGUAUAAUAUCUCAUCAUUCGCUGCAGAAUAGAAGAAUAUGCAUCAUUGUACAUACCAUAUGUUUUGUAUAUUCGAAAAGAUUGUGUCCUUGUUUUAGUUUAGUUUUAGUUACAAAUAGCUUAACUGCAAUAAUUUGACACUGAUUAUAGCAUUGUUUCUAGUUAUCAUUUUUUGGCAUUCUAAAACACUUUUAAUCUUUACAUAUUUAUUUAAUCUGAGAAAACUGACUAAUAUAGUAGUGUCAUCGUUACUACCUGUGUAGUUGAUGACGUAUUGAUUGGUUACAUACUGAGUUAUAGUGAUGAUCACGUUGAUACUCGUUUGAUUCCGUGAAACUUGGUAAUGGAGGAAGCCUGGCCGGAAUCAGCCGAGGAUUUUCCUAUUGUCCAUCAGCAUAAUCGAUCUGCCCCUUACCUCAAUGCUUCAAUUUUCUAAUUCAAAUUUACAGCAGUUGCAAUAUUCAUCUUUCAUAAAUAAGAACAAUGUUUCCACUGAAAUAGGUUUUCAAUGUACUGAAUAAUGGUUUUACUUUUCCUUUUCCACACAACUUCGAAUAAAAAUAUAUCCACUUCGUACGAUAAGGGGAAGUGACUCCUUCCAAAUUAACCAUUGUAUCUCUGAAAUCGGUUUUCUAGAAAAUACCAACUCCUGUAAAUAUCACUUAAUGACCAUUGUGAUUGAGGUAUUAGCGUUAAGUCUUUGUCCUUUGUAUGUUAUAUUUCUUUUGAAAAUGGUGAUUAUGCCCUAUUUGAUAAUGCCACUUUGAAUUUUAAGAGGAGCAUUUCUAGCCUGAAAUUUCAAGGAGCAUUUCAAUAUACCUGUCUGCAUGUUUAUCCUAUCGUGCUUCUCCCCAUACCCAGUCGAUGUAUAUAUCAUUUCUUUAUUUCCCUAAUCAUACCUAUUUUUGUAAGAUGACAAAAUCGUUUACAAUAAAAUAUCAAAUGGA